AUGGACGUCGCCUACAAUCAGCACUCUGACCCGGCCCGGCGCAAGAACCGCUCCACCACCAACAUCAACCACCUGUCCCUCGCGCCUCUGACCGUCAAGCUACCCAUCAAUGACAGCGACGCCAUACCCGACUCGGUCGUUCCCAUCUCGCACGGCACCUACCUGCAGGGCAAGUCGGCGCCCACCACGCCGCGACUCCUCUCGCGCGGGUCCGUCACUCCUCGCUCACGAUCCCAUCACCGCACGCCAUCGGCCCCGGGGGGGCCCAUCCCCACGAGCCAAUCCUCCACGCACCUCGGCCACGGCGGCCACGGCAAGAAAUCAAGGUCUGGAGCGUCGACGCCGCGACGACGUGACGGCCCCGGCCCCGGCAACGGCAACGGCAACGGCAACGGCGGCGAGAACGAAAGCGACUGGCUCCUAAGGGCCGGCGCGCUCCUCAGCUCCGAGGCGCGGGAAUACAAGGGCCAGGCCUGGCUCGUGUCCAGGCAGAGCUCGACCAGCCUGGCCGGCGUGCGGGACGCCGACGAGGAGGCCUUUGAGCAGGAACUCGCUCGCGAGCGGGAGGCGGCGAGCCGCCGCGCCAGCCGGCGGGGCAGCUCGGCCGCGGCGGACGACGACGCGACCCCCGGCGGCAGCAGGCUGAGCAGCCGGCUCAACAGCCGCAAGCACAGCAUGGUCGAAACCCGCGGCCACGCGGACGCGCCGCCGGACCGGGCCGGCGCCGACGCCGACGCCGACGACUCGUACUUCCCCAGCCACCAGGGCGGCAUCGCCGGCCCCGACUUUGUCAACCUCGACGAGAAGCUCGAGGAGCUCGAGCACGACACGGCCCAGGACGACGAGGCCACCGUGCGCAGGCUCGUGCGGCACGGCGCCGCCGGCCAGGGGUCGUGGAUCAGCAACGUCAUCGGCUGGUCCUUGUUCAAGGUGGACGAGAACGAGGAGGACUCGGAAGACGACGAGGCAGACGCCAUGGAGGAGGAGAAGGAGGAGGAGGAGCCGGCGUGCGCGGGGCGCGGAGUGCCAUCCCACCGGCAUUUCGAGCAUGUGCUCCAUGCCCCGAUCGAGCGGUUACCACCGCCAACUGCCGACCAAGGUGGCUGGAAGGACGCCGCCUGGCUGCUCAGCGUCGCCUCCAAAGUCAUGUUUUGA